AUGUCAACCAACAGGCCGUUCCUGGCCAACUUCCUGGCCGCAUUUCGAGCGCAGUCAACGUACAAAGCCUCCACGGCUGGAUCCCAAUCUACAGCAGCCACGUCGUCUUCUAUCUCCUCGACACAGAUUUCCCAAAGCGCCCGAACAAUAGCAACUAAAGCCGCCGGCAGUGGCUCCGGCCCAUCAUCCUCUUCCUCGGCAGAACAACAGCCUUCAUCAUCUACCUCUACAAGCCACCACUACCACCACCACUCCACUUCUGCUUCCUCCCGUCCACAUUCACACCCGCGAUCACCUUUAAACCAAACCGCCCCCGCCGACUCCUCAUCGCCUUCGCCGCUGGCUUCCCCUUCUUCACCCCCGACACCCGCAUCCUCGAACCCCAUCCCCAUUGCCAACACACACGACCGCCAACGACGGGGUAGUGACAGUUCCAAUGGCUCGGGUGGAUUCCGCGAUGCACUCGGGCAUGAGAAGUGGUACAUCGGCGGGCGAACGCCAAGCGGAGAGGAACGGUUCUACCGGUUAGGGAUGGUAACUAAGGGCGGCGGACGACUAGGAGGGAGUGGGCGAGUAGGAAGUAUUGAUCAACUGAGUCUGUGA